UGUCAAGAGCUAUGCCACAGAAGAAGAAGAAGAGCGAUCUGCGGUGUAAAUGGAAGUUGCACUUUGUCCAGUUGGAUGAAACUGGUGGAAAGCAGUAUUGUUGACUGAUAUAUUGGCUAAGUGAGUAUAAGCAGGAUGUCUGGGGGCCCUGCAGUACGUGUGAGUAUUGAGUCAUCUUGCGAGCGGCAAGUGCAGGAAGUUUCGCUGGAUGGCGUAGAGACAUAUGUGCCGCCACUCUCUAUGUCUCAGAAUCUUGCAAAGCUUGCACAGCGCAUUGACUUUGGCCAAGGCUCUGACUCAGACGAGGAGGACCCAAGCAGGGAGAGCAGAGAGUCUGACUGGAGCAAGCAGGAACCUGAGGAGGAUGGCCCAAUGAAAUUUCAACCAUGCUUGUGGCCAUGGGACUCCGUGAGGAACCAUUUGCGGAGUGCUUUAACUGAGAUGUGUGUGUUGCAUGAUGUGCUCAGCGUUGUCAAGGAGAAGAAGUACAUGGCUCUUGACCCGGUAUCACAGGAUCCUUCUGUGGCCAAGACACCUCAGGUCUUCCAGUUGAUCAGUAAGAAGAAGUCUUUGGCCACUGCAGCCCAGUUGCUACUGAAAGGGGCAGAGAAGCUGAGCAAGUCUGUAACAGAGAGCCAGGAACAGCGGCGCCAGCGUGACUUUAAUGCAGAGCUGCUGCAUCUGCGGUCACAGUGGAAACUGCGCAAAGUUGGAGACAAAAUUCUUGGAGACCUGAGCUACCGCAGUGCUGGAUCUCUGUUUACCCAUCAUGGCACAUUUGAGGUCAUUAAGAACACAGAUAUUGAUUUAGAUAAGAAGAUCCCAGAUGAUUACUGUCCUCUCAAUGUCCAGAUCCCCAGCGACCUGGAGGGUUCGGCUUACAUAAAGGUCUCUAUUCAGAAACAGGCUCCUGACAUAGGAGACCUGGGCACAGUAAACCUUUUAAGAAGGCAACCCAAGGCCAGGCCAGGUUCCCAGGCAUGGCAUCUAAAGCUGGAAGCUGCUCAGAAUGUGCUACUCUGUAAGGAGAUCUUCGCUCAGCUCUCUCGGGAGGCUGUGCAGAUAAAAUCCCACAUUCCACACAUCGUUGUCAAGAACCAGAUAAUCUCCCAGCCUUUCCCUGGGCUGCAGCUCUCCAUUUCUCUGUGCCACUCCACUGUGGAGAAGAAAAACCAGAGAACUUCACCUGACAAAGCCAAGCCAGAUGACCACCUUUAUGUGCUUGAGCACAACCUGCACCAGCUUAUUAGAGAGUUCCAUAAGCAAACCUUGAGCUCGUCAGUUAUGCCCCACCCUGCAAGUGCUCCAUUUGGGCCAAAGCGGUUGCGACUGGCUGGGCCAAUGGCGUACGAUAAAGCUGAGAUCAGCUGUCUACAGCACAGUGAGGGCCUGCUGGAGAAAAUCGUCAAACAAGCCAAACACAUUUUCCUCAGGAGCAGGGCGGCACGUACCAUUGACUGCUUGGCAAGUCGUAUAGAGGAUCCUCAGAUUCAGGCUCACUGGUCCAACAUUAACGAUGUUUAUGAGUCCAGUGUAAAAGUGUUAAUCACCUCACAGGGCUAUGAGCAGAUCUGCAAGUCUAUUCAGUUGCAGUUGAAUAUUGGGGUGGAGCAGAUCAGGGUGGUGCACAGAGAUGGUAGAGUCAUCACUCUUUCCCACCAGGAGCAAGAGCUGCAAGACUUUUUACUAUCACAGAUGUCUCAGCAUCAGGUGCAUGCAGUACAACAGUUGGCAAAGGUGAUGGGUUGGCAUGUGCUGAGCUUCAGUAACCAUGUGGGGCUUGGAGCUGUCGAAAGCAUUGGCAAUGCCUCUGCCAUCACUGUAGCAUCACCCAACGGAGAGUACGCCAUCUCGGUACGGAAUGGACCCGAGAGUGGCUGUAAGGUUCUCGUUCAGUUUCCACGUUGCCAGGCUAAAGACCUGCCAAAGAGUGACGUGUUGCAGGAUGGAAAGUGGAGUCAUUUGCGGGGGCCAUAUAAGGAAGUGCACUGGAGCAGGAUGGAGGGCAGGAACUUUGUCUACAAAAUGGAGCUUCUAAUGGCAGCACUGACUCCCUGUCCUUAGAACUCAUGUGUAUGCAGAAUCUGUACUCUCUUUCUGCUUCUCUUGUCUUCACUUCACUGUUCACUGAAGUCUUCUUGUUUUGUGUGGCAAUUCAUUUUCACCAGUUGUGCUGUUAUGUCUGAGCAGCGAUGAUAAAUGGCCAUGGUCACUCUAUGCUGUAGAGAAGUUAUUGUCUCUGACUUGUGCUUAAUACCACUUUUAUUUGUACUUUGUUCUGCAGUUUCAUGUGAUGCUGUGAUGCUAAUUGCAGAUCUUUUUUUUUUUUUCUUAAGAAGAGACUUUGGGCUCUGGACUUAUUCUUAAG